AGGAUAGGAGCUGUUCAGAGAGAUCAGAGCUGAGACGCAGAAAACACAUAACCAGACUGGUCUGUAAAGGAAAUCAUCAGCAGAAUACAGAAGAAGAAAAGUCAAAAGAUAAUUGAGAUCUGGAGGUGAUGUGGAAAACACACAGAAUGGAAGGCAAACUCACAUGUCUCCUCCUACUGCUAGGAGCGCUCACCACCGUUCAAUGCCAGGGCUUCCGCAUGCGUUUCAAACGGGGAGCCAGAUCUAGAGCCAUUUGCACAGACCACGCCUCUGGAGAGAUUUACCAGCACAGGGGGACCUGGCUGAGACUCUCGGGGAGAAGAAUAGAAUACUGUAGGUGUGACAGUGGUCAGAGUCACUGCCACACUGUGCCUGUCAGAAGCUGCACUAGAAAUAAAUGCUACAAUGGGGGCCAAUGUUCACAGGCAUAUUACUCCCCACAGCUCUUCAUUUGCCAGUGCCACCAAGGCUUCUCUGGGAAGCAGUGUGAAACAGAUACUGAAGUUAAGUGCUACCAAGAUGCUGGAAUAACAUACAGGGGUACAUGGAGCAUGACAGAGAGCGGGGUUGAAUGCUUAAAUUGGAAUAUCAAUGGAUUGCUGGACCGGAAGUACAGCGGUCGAAGAGAGGACGCUGCUGAGCUGGGAUUGGGCAAUCACAACUACUGCAGAAACCCAGAUGAGGACUCCAAACCUUGGUGCUACAUCUACAAAGGGGGAAAGUACACCUGGGAACACUGCAGUGUGCCUUCCUGCUCAAAAGUUGGGAACAUCAACUGCAAAUCUGGAAGAGGCACAGAUUACCGAGGCAGCCACAGUGUUACCAGUUCUGGAGCUACCUGUUUGAGGUGGAAUUCUCGAAUCCUUGCCAACAAGUUAUAUACUGCUUGGAGAAGAGAUGCUUACCAGCUGGGCCUUGGUAGUCACAAUUUCUGCCGGAAUCCUGACGAUGACAGCAAGCCCUGGUGCCAUGUACUGAAAGGAAACCAGCUCACAUGGGAGUACUGCAAUGUGCCUACUUGCUCCACCUGUGGCUUAAGGCAGCGCAGAGUACGCCAAUACCGGAUUAAAGGUGGUUCCUAUGCCGACAUUGCAGCUCACCCGUGGCAAGCUGCCAUCUUUGUGAGGUAUCGUCGAGCACCUGGAGAGCACUUCCUCUGUGGAGGAAUUCUGAUCAACUCCUGCUGGGUUUUGUCAGCUGCUCACUGUUUUGAAGAAGGCUUUAGUACAAGUCAACUGAAGAUUGUGCUGGGCAGGACUUCUCGAGCAACUCCUGAGGAGAACGAACAAAAGUUUCAAGUGAAGAACUACACUGUGCAUCCAAGAUUUGACUCAGAAAACUAUGACAAUGAUAUUGCUCUGCUGCAGUUGAAGUCUGACUUAGAAGAAUGUACUAUUGAAACAGACACUGUCCGUGCUGCCUGCCUCCCAACACCAAAACUGCAGCUGCCUGACUGGACUGAAUGCGAGAUCUCUGGUUAUGGCAAAAAUGAAGAAUUUUCUCCCUUUUAUUCAGACCACCUGAAGGAAGGCCACGUCAGACUGUUUCCAGCCAGUCGGUGCACAACACAGCAUCUAGACAACCGGACAGUUACAGACAAUAUGUUAUGCGCAGGAGACACAAGACACCUUGAUGAUGCCUGCAAGGGUGACUCUGGAGGGCCUCUGGUCUGUAUGAAGGAUGAUCGCAUGUAUCUAAUCGGGAUCAUCAGCUGGGGAAUAGGCUGUGGCCGCAAAGACAUACCUGGCGUUUAUACAAAUGUGAAUCGCUACCUUGACUGGAUUCAGGACAACAUGAAACCCUGAGGAAGAAAAACAAACUCUCCAAAAUCUCAUGGCCAUGCGCUCAGAUGCACUAAGGCUGCUCACAGGGCCUCCCACUUGUGCAGAUGCUUAUGACUUUCAGUAAGAGGCAGGCACACCGCAAUGCGUGUGAAGGGCACAUUCUCGAAUUACUUUCCUUUCCUCAUUACCAGUUAUCAGAAUCUACGUUUCCCAUCCUGCCCUAUCUGCCCUACCCCACAAGCUUUUUUCCUGUCAUCAAAUCACAUGGUACAAUUACAAAUAAAUUUUGGCCUGAGAGAAUAAACCAAGACAGAAUGCCAUGCAUCCCAUGAGCAGCUAUGUUGUUUUGGGAAUGUGGGUAAACUAAAGGCAGAGUGGACACGUUUAAUUUCUUGAAACUUUUUUCUCCCUCUCUAAGAGCAGAAGAGACAAAACUUGAACACUGUGAAGUGUUCAGAAACACACAGGCAUAGGUCUUCCAGAACAUGGCCCUAGGGCACGAAGAGAAUUGGUUAUUGUUUAAAUUCAUUCCCACAAAACCCUUCCCCAUCCCAUCUCCUUGGGCAAAAAGGCUAUUUUUUCCUAGCAUUUAAGGCAGGGGACAGAGAAAACUAUCUCCCUUUGGACAAGGGGCUAGAAACCGUCUCAUGUGCAGCAACAACAACAUGAAUGCAUUAAGACAUAUGCGAUAGGAAGACAUGUAUUUUCUUACCCAAAAUACAGCUGUCUGCAGUGAGGAGAACCCUUCACAGGAGCUCCGAGUUUGAGCCUUUACUUUGGCUCAUUCUGGCUAUUGUCUGGGCUCAUUCUAGCAUAGGCUGUUUCCAUUUGGGUCUCACAAAGCAAAAAGAACACAUUUGUGUGAUAUCCCUCUCACAAACGUACUGCAACACCACUUUUUAUAUGUAUUUAUCUACACAGUUCUGAAAGAUGAUCUUAUGCUAUGCAGAUAUUUUAAGCUUUCUUUGCUUGUUUGUUGUUAGGUUUUAUUUUUAUUCUUGUUUAAUAGUAAAAUUUCUACCACUGCAAGAACAACUGACAGGUCUAAACUUUUUGUCCACUAAAACAUCAAAAUCUACAUUCACCCUCUAAUUUUAGACCUGUACUUUUCCUAACAUAACAAUGGAUUUGUUAAUAAAAGUGCUAUUUCUUA